CCAGUUGGAGGAGAUAAGCUAUCGAAAUAUUUACUUGGACACACUGCGACAACCGUUUGAAACCAUAAUAUGCCUGUGUAGCACAGGUACUCUGUUCUACUGAGGAGAGCCACCACUUCUUUGCCUUCUUCUGCAGUCAUCGCCAAACUUCUCAAUUCACACUCCCUUCUCCCUCAUUAACCCAGGCGCAAUGUCAAGCUCAAUUCCUGGUCGGCGAGAGCUCCCGGCGUCUCAGUACGACCUUAGUACCUACUGGGGAAGAGUCAGACACUCCGCAGAUAUUUCAGAUCCCAGGUGAGGAGGAAUUGUUCUGUUGCUUUUCAAAGAAAACAAAAGGUGGUUCACACACUUCUGUUUUGCACAUUUCACUCAUUCUUGCGCAACGUAGAACUGACAAACAAUAGAACUCUACUGGUCAACUCAGCUGGUUUGGAGCAUGCGAAGUCAUUGAUUGCGGCAUAUAAGGAAGGGAAGGUAUCUGAGAUGGAUGGAGAGUUAUGGAAGGCGAAGAAGGUUGUUGAUUCAACGCUACAUCCAGGUUCGUAUGGAGGGGUAUAUGGGGAAGCUUGAACAAGGGCUGAUUUCAUUAGACACGGGUGAACCAGUUUUGCUCCCAUUUCGAAUGUCAUGUUUCGUCAUUUCCAAUCUGGUUGUCACAGCGGGCAUGCUCACACCUGGUCUUGGUGUAAGUAACAAUUCAAUUAAACCCCAUGCUCUAGCUAACCAAACUUUAGACAACUGGAACUCUUCUCUGGCAAAUCACCAAUCAAUCGCUUAAUGUCGCAAUCAACAACGCAAAUGCAAACAAAUCAACACCUCUUUCCGUUUCCAAAAUCGCACAAUCCUACUUCCUCGCAGUUGGCGCAUCCUGCUCCGUAGCACUUGGACUCAAUGCUCUCGUCCCAAGAUUAAAGCGCGUCAGUCCAGCCACAAAGAUAAUUCUCACAAGAUUGGUACCAUUUGCAGCUGUUGCGAGCGCAGGAGCUUUGAAUGUAUUCCUGAUGCGAGGAGAGGAGAUUCGAAAGGGCAUUGAUGUCUAUCCAGUCCUCUCAGAAGCGGAUAAGCUCAAGUUGGCACAAGAGGGAAAAUCCGAGUCUUCGGUAGAAUCAUUGGGAAAGAGCAAGAAGGCUGCUACAAUUGCUGUAGCCGAAACAGCUAUAAGCAGAGUCUUAAAUAGUUCUCCAAUCAUGGUCAUUCCACCCUUGAUUCUUGUUCGCCUUCAAAAGCAGGAGUGGCUCAAGCGAAACCCAAGAUUUACUCUCCCUGUUAAUCUUGGCUUGAUCUUGACUACGAGUUUGUUCGCUCUGCCUUUGGCUUUGGCCGCGUUCCCUCAGAUUCAAAGUGUGGAUGCUUCGAGCCUUGAAGAGGAGUUCUGGGGUAAAGGUGGUGAGAACGGAAAGGUUGUUUUCAACAGAGGAAUCUGAUGAAUCAAAAUUAUUCGAAUGUUUCUCAUGAGAUCUGUCACAGCAUGUCACCAACUUGAAAUGUUCUUCUACGCCAUCUUAGUUUCAAUACUAAUUGCCGGUAGUUGAGAUGGAGAGUGGAUAGACAUAGAAGAUCAUGGUGCUAUCUUAGAAGGCUGGU